AUGGAGUUGAUGCCUUGUCAAUGUUUGCAGGUUUCUUGUCCCAACCUGGAAGUGCUACAACUCUAUAAGGCUAACAGCAUAACUGCUCUGUGCUCUCACCAACUUCCAACUGCCUACUUCAGAAAGCUUGAAAAAUUGGAAGUACGGGAUUGUGGAAAAUUAAGAAACUUGAUGUCUCCGUCAGUGACCAGAGGUCUUCUGAAUCUCCGAACACUACUGAUACAAGAAUGCCAAUCAAUGGAAGAAGUGAUCACAGAAGAAGAACAACAAGUAGAAGAAAUCGUGACUAAUGAGCCCUUAUUUCCCCGAGUGGAAGUGCUGAAACUUUACAGUUUUCCAAAGCUGGGGCAUUUUAUUCUGACUAGGCAUGCUCUUGAAUUUCCAUUUCUUAGAGAAGUGGAUAUUAAUGAAUGCCCUAAAAUGAAGACAUUUAUCCAACAGGAAACUGUGAGUACACUACAUGCUAAGGUUUGUCUCAAUGAUGAUGAGCUGAAAGUUGUUGAUCUCAAUGAACCGAUGUUCAAUUCUAAG